AUGACUGGUCGGCAGCAUUGCAUGCCAGGUGUACGCGGCCUCAUGGCAACUUCAGGCUCUCAGGUUGGUCCAAAGGAAGAGGCUGGUGGUCUGGACAUGGAAGUUGAGAGUUUGAUGAACAUGCGCUGCUCCUGCAUUCCGCGAAACUUCUCGGAAGCGUUCGCCAUUGCCAAACCCAAUCUUCCUCAGCUUUCUGGACGCGACGACAGUCACUUGGUCGAUAAGCUCGAGUGGUCCAUCAUUCUGGACCUUGUCAAUAACAAUCAUGGAGGAAGAACUGCCAGAGUCUUAGUUGGCCUGACAGAAAGACGUGGAUCGGACAUCUUGACGCCUUUCGAACGCAGCAUCAAUGCAUCUUUCUUGCCCGUUCUAACUCAUACCUCUGCCUCUCAUUCGUUGAUAUCGAUCGCUGAACACCCGCCGCACUCUUCGAGCCUCUCUCGCGAGAUCUUGUCAAGCAUAACAGUAGUGACUGCAGAUUAUGUCAAACAUUCUCUUGUCAUGAUCCAGCUAUUGAGUCUUUCUGCUCCCCUCAGAAACUUCUUUGAGCUGGAGCUGCUCGCAGUAUAUAUACUCCCAUACCAAACAACGGCUGACAAUCUCUCAUCACUCAACAUCGCGCGCAUCAUGGGCAACAUCGCCCACAUCAUCCAUGAUAUUGCUCGCUUCGUCAAAUACAAGGGGCGGCUGUCAUACGACGCCCACUUCGCUUCUCGGGCUCCCAUCGACCUAUCCUUGAUCGACGUAUCGCAGUUCAGCGGAGAUUAG